AUGGGAAACGUUGAACUUGCCAGCGCUAUUGGGACGUGGGCGGCUGUACUUAUCGCUCUUGUAGCCCUGAUCGGCGUGAUAGGGCCGAUAUUGGUUUGGAGGGCGAACCGGACCGAACGACAUCAAGCCAUCGUCGGGAUCAGUGACGAGACCAACACAUUCAUCUCCAAAGGCAUACACCUGGGUCCAAGCAUUUGGCUCAUGCAAAAGAUACGGGCCCCGAUUCUGACCAAAGAGCCGCUGUUCAUCUCGGAGCAGAGCACUAAGAAUCAGAGCAACUCUCAUCAGCAGCUAUCCUGGGAAACGUCCCGGUAUUGCGAAACAAGAGCUAAUGCCAACUGGGUCCAGCUUGCUUUCCUGCUGAAGGCUUAUGGGGCUCUAUGGGUUACGGGCGAUACUCUUGCCAUUCGACACGGGAAAGCGAUGAUGCCUGUUCAUCGCAUGUGGAUCCUUGCAAUCGGAAUACUGGGUAGAUAUACAAUUCGGCCAGACAUGGGAAGACUGCGUAGGCGCGGGACAUCAAUGUCACUGCAUGUGUCCGGCCUGAAGCGCGCAAAUACUGGACUCUCUUCCAGCGCCACCGACGACAACGUGGAGUCUCUACCAACCACCUCUUCAUGGUCGCUAUGGGGUGUCUACCCUCAUCCGGUGAAUAUAUCCUGCCUGGUCGAUCUUUGCGAGCUAGAGACCGGCAGAGCCGAGAGCCCAGACGAGGAGCAGGAUAUGCGCGACCUACACACUGUGACCUUCAAACAAGAGAACCAGGUGUCUACUCCAGGCGUUUCGUUCACCAAACCGCGACACAGACGGACAGUUACUGGAUUCGGACAGCCUGAGGUUCGAUCCGUCCAGCAGCUCGGCGAAGAGCCUAUCGCUUUCGGGCUAGAGCCGGUGAUUGACAGAGAGGAAAGCAUGAUUCGCGUGGCACGGCCCUUCGGUGCAAGCACCGUACCCAUCCUAUCCCUCGAGCCAUUGCACAUGGAUCGCACACUUACUGCAGAGCUUAAGGAAUAUAUGGACAUGACAUAUGUCCCUUCGGAGUGUGGUUGGGUCCGGCUUGGUUGGCGGAUCACCGGGAAGAAGGUUCAGGAGAGCUUCUUCGUCCGGCGAGCGGACGCUCAGAGGCUAGCAUACAGCUUACUGUCUCUGAAAUGGCACCCAGAGAGUUAUCUGAUUGGGGGCGCGAACUCUCAUCGAGCCAUUCAACUCCUUCUCAAUUCCCAACGGAUGCUAGCAUACAUUACAAUGCGAGUCAAAGACGCCAUCGACCUACUCAGCAUAUCGGCCACUGAGAGAAAGCAGCUCGCGGAGGCACUGGAUCUCGGACGGCGGUACAUCAACUCCCACAGACCAAGCCGAUCUCUCUACGACGCCAUAUACAAAUUAGACAAGGUCCUUGGGGACCUAGCGCACCAGAAGGAAGAAGUGAAUGCCAUGGUCAGCGUGCUCAUGCUGACGAACGAAGAAUUCGCCACUCUCCUGCACUCUUCCGCUCGGCAUUUCGAAUCCGCACUCAAGGGCUCUAUCGAGUGCAACAUGCGGGCCGGAUCAUUGAAGGUGCCGUUGCCGUUUGGAGGGUCCCAGGAAUUUGUUGUGGACCUUGAUAAGAUUUUCCCGGAAAGAAUGGUCGCAGAAGAGCAGGUUCUAGUGCAAUAUUCGACGAUUUUGUUAGUAUGCUUAAGGGCUUGUUUGAGAGCUUUCAUGCUUGAUAUUACAUUGAGUGGAGAGCCUUUGCUGGAAGAGCUCUCACAAAUGGAAGAACUCGUAUAUGUACGGUAA